CAUCUCAGGCUAAGUCGGCAAAAAACAACAAGGACGGGCCAUCUCGCUCGCGCCCCCCCUUCGGCCAGACAGCUUCCAUGCACAGGGUCAGCCAGGCAAAAAGAGGGCAGGCAGUUGAAAGGAAAAGCAGCCAGUCCAUCUAUCCAGUCAGUACUUCAAUCAGGCGGCUAAUGGUGGCGGCCCUCCCGGCCCCUCCGCCGGAAGGCAUAUGGGGCGCCUUCCUUCCACAGGUUGAGCUGCUGCUGCUGCUGCUGGGCGGCUCCCUUGUACGCCGGCAUGUCCUCGAUCUCGCGCUCCAGGCGGGACUUCUUGGCGGUGCCGUGGCUGGCCUGCUGUCCGUCGCCAUCAUUCCUCUUGCGCUUGUCCCUCCCGCCGCCCGCACCCUUGCCCGCCAUGCCGCCCGCUGCCGCCUUGAGGCACAUGUACUUCUUCCUUGCGCGUCUGUCGCGCCGCUUCUCGCGCGCACACCUCCUGAUUGAUGGGUCGAUGCACACAUAGAUGUGUCGAUCUCUCUCUCUCUCCACAUGGAUGAGUGUGUGCGCGUAUCAAUGAAUUGUGUACUUCCCUGUGCCCGCUCUAGGCCUUCCAGCUUGGCCAACUCAUACUGGUGCCGUGCAGAGAAGAGGUCGCGGCUUGCCAGCGCCACCGUGUCGUGCGCUCCAGCUCCAGCUCUUCGAUGCGCUUCGACAUCCACUCCAACUCGUCUCCUUACCUGCGUCCAUCCAUCCAUCCAUCCAUCGAUUACAUGCAUACUCCCUGUCUGUUUGUGUGUGUGUGUGUGUGUGGUGCUUCCCUCUCUCUGUCGCCCUGCUUACACGUCCAGCCUAUCCCGCGCCUUGUGCAGUUCAGCGAAGAGUCGAUCGUUCUCCUCCCUAACAACCCUGCAGAAGAGCAAUGAACCGAUGUCAAGUCAUUCAUAGGCAAACACGUAUGUGUGCAUGUGGGAGGCCUGUUUGUUUGUGCAGAAGAAUCGACUCACCGGGCCACCUCGCUAUUGUCUUGAGCUGCUGGCUGCUGAGAGUCGAGCGGACGGCCACAGAGGUCUAGACCAACCUGACAUGGCCAUUAAAGAGCGGAUACCAAUCACAGCCAACCCGCCAUCGGUUGAGAUGCAUAUGGACGGAUUUCUCUGUCAUCUUUGUGCAUUUGUGUGUGUGUGCGGGUGGGUGAGCUGAGGGCGUUUCGUUCGAUGCUUGCUCCCCGUUCCGCGUUGACAGCCAAUGACGAGACACCAACUACAGAGAGACAGAGAGAGACACGACUGUCAUCGACACACCCACAUGCACACAGACAGAUUCCUUGCAUGCCCGUCUGUCUGUCGUAGUGCUCUGUAUGUAUGCUGUGUGCUCACAUACAUGGCCUUCUGCCUGCCGAUUCCCGUGUUGACGCUGACACGACCUUGGACACAGCAUCGGGCACCACGGCUGGAACAGUGCACACACACCUGUAAGGCCAUGGACUCUCUCUGUGUGUGUGUCCCUCUGUCGGUGGACGUGUAGAUCUUCUGAGGGUCGGAGGGCAGCUCGCACAGGCGCUGUAUGGUGAACGGAGGC